AUGGGAAUGUUUUCAGACAAGCAGAAAUGUAAUCCAUCUGGUCAUUGUAGAACAGUACGUUUAGCUAGAAGUUAGAUAAACAUACCCUACCCUACCCUACCCUACCCUACCCUACCCUACCCUACCCUACCCUACCCUACCCUACCCUACCCUACCCUACCCUACCCUACCCUACCCUACCCUACCCUACCCUACCCUACCCUACCCUACCCUACCCUACCCUACCCUACCCUACCCCGUCACAGCCCUAUCCUUGCCAUUGCUGUGUCCUUGCCAAUACCUUAUCUUUGCUAUUACCCUCCUUCUACUCCAACCCUUCCCACUACCCUGCUUUUGCCACUGCCUGCCCCUUGCUAUUACUGUAUCCUUGCCAUUACCGUACUCCUACAUGAAUUUAUACGAACUUUUUAGUGGCUUGAUAUAACAGAAAUUCUUUCCGAUCAAAUUUGUUUUGACGUUCGAACCAAAUGUGCCAACUUCACUCAUUUGUUACCCGAUGAAUUUGACUGCGAAGCACAUUAUAUGUAUUACAAUAAGACUGAAUUGGACACUUACACUGAACACUGCUCGGUAAGUAGCUAUUGUGAUGCGCUAGUCUUGGAAAAAAUAAGUUGUGAACAGUUUGAGUCUGGCAUGGCCUCCCUUUCCGCUCACCCUCCUUAGCGCGUGGCACUGUAGCUACGUUUAUGGCUGGAAACAGGGCCGGGCGCGAGGGAGGGGAUGGGACUACCCUACCCGCCCCCCCCCCCAGAAAAAAAUUUUUGAAAAAAAGUUGAACUUGGUCCCCCCCCUGUGGAUUAAAAAAAAAUUUUGCAAAGAUCAGCACAGGUAGCUCUGUGCCCGAUGUUUUGGACCUCUGCCCCCAGACUAAAAGUCUCCGCCCGGCCCUGGCUGGAAAUAUAAGACAUUUUCUUAAAAAAACCAGGCCACAGAACAUCAUUCUGCCUUGUCCUGAGGGCCGGGCAGGGACUUUUCGUCUGGGCGGGGGGGGGGUCAAAGAAAUCUACAGGGGGGGGGGCCAAGUUCAACUUUUUUUUCGAAAUUUUUUUUCGGGGGGGGGGAGGAGGGAGUAGAGGGGGGGGGGUGUGUUCCCCUCAGCGCCCGGCCUUGCUUGUUCAGCAAGGUAAUAAAUCGCGCUUUCCAGUUAAUCCCGAGAAAAUCGAGAUCAAAGAAUUAAGUUUUGAAUUUCCCGCCAAAUUGGCAUUGUGUUUCAUACUUAUAACUUUGCCAUUUUUUGACUUUUAAGAAUUUUCUGUCAUAUACUAGUAGAAUACCUAUAAAUAAACCUAAAUUUUUAAAUUUGUUAGUGUAGCUUGGCUGGAAGGUCGAAAAAAGUGCUUGAAACACAAUGCCAAAUUUGCCAAAUUGGCGGGAAACCCUAAUAAUUUAAAUUCAAAGCUCAAAAACGCGAGCUAAAACUUUUUUUAAGUACUAUUGGUGGUACAAAGAAUUUAUAUGGAAAUUUUUAGCUGGGUCUGGGCGGAGCAGUUAAGGUACUUUCCACGUAAGCCUGGUUAUGAUCCUCAAAAGUAUUUGUGAAAAAGUUCCUUGCAAUAGAAUACGUUUCCUUGUCUUCUUUUACAGGGUGCGACAAAAGUUCUGUUACAAGAUACAAUGCGCCAAAAGUUCUGUUACAAUACUUUACCGGUCGUUUUCUCUAUGCUGCGGUUAAAUUAUUUAAAAUUUUUAAUUUUAGCUUAUUCUCCGCGUUUUUUUAUUGUAUAAUCAUAAAAGUUAACUCUUCAUUGUCUACCGUCUGUUUGUAUUUGGAUGUCAAAUUUGAUUAAAAAACCGUGUAACAGAACUUUUGGCUCACUCUGUACUCUCUCCUUUUUUUCAAAAUAAGUACUGAGUUUUAGGAAAAUUUUAGAAUAAAAAAAGAUUUCAUAGAAGGUCCAACUUAAGUUCAUCUGCUGAACAAUGUGCUAGGCCGCCAGCCUCAUCAACAGGUACAAACUUGGCAACUCCGGUGGUCAAUAACUGCUACCUGCCUUGCAGGUAAGUGGAAACAAACACUUAAAAACAUGAAAAACGCAUCUAUCGUACACUAUGAUUUGUAUUGCAAUGAUUUUCAACUAACUAGGGAAUGUCCAAAUGUCCAAGAACGUCGCUACGAUUUUUUUCUGGGCGGGGGGGGUGGAGACCCAAAAAUUUUUUUAUUGCGUUUUUUACGUACAGGUACCUACCUGUGGAUUUUUCCCGGAUCGGCUCUGGGGGGAGUCACCCCGUACCCACCGUCUAGGCCCGGCCGGCCUUGAGCUAAAAUUGAGGGCUUGAAAAUUGGGCCCGGGCCCGAAAAAAAAUAUUUUAAAUUUUUAAAAAUUUUUUAUUUUAAUCCCCGUUGACUUUUUGAUUUUAUUGGGUACCAUGAUACAUAAAUGAUCUAAAAGAACAAUGCAAAGCCAAAUUUCCGUUUAUUUUUUAAGUUUUAAAAUUUUUUAAAUUUUUUAAAACGGCCCGGGCCGGGCCUAGAUAUUUUCUGACCGGGCCGGGCCGGCCUGAGAGAAAAUUGAAAACAGGCCGGGCCUAAACGUUGGGCCCCGGGCUUGGGCCGGGCCUAAAAAGUGGGCCCGGCCCGGCUCUUUUCUCACCCCUACCCUAGAAAAAAAUUUUUGAAAAAAGUUGAACGUGGUCCCCCCUGUGGAUUUUUUGGACUCCUGCCCCCAGACCAAAAGUCCCCGCCCGGCUCUGUUGUUGACAUUCUCUAGUAAAACAAACAUUUUUAAUUGACAUUGCAUUUAGUACUAGCAGUAAAAAACGAAAAUAAAAUUUUUAAAAUACAAGAAAACUUUAUUUUCGACGUUUUUAAAUACUUUUAAUGUUUUAGAACAACGAAUUUUGAAGUCGCUGAAGGAUUUCACAAUUUUGUUUACGGAUUUUGUGUUACAGUAACCGUACUCGUAGCUGUUGCUUUAGUAAGUUAAGAGUUAUACAAUUUACCCGAUUCUACCUUACCAGACCCUACAUUGCCUUACUGUAACAUACUGUGCUUUCUAUCUUAGAACUGUACCUUUUUCCACUUAGCUUUAGGUUUACUCUGCAUUACCCUAUCAUACCCUGCCCUACAGUAACCUAUGUUUUUCAUUUACUCUUUUUUCAUACAUUUUUUAGUUAAAAAUCGUCAAACCAAUCAAAAACCGUGAUUUGCCGACAUGGGCGUUUGUUUUUGUGUGCUUAGGAGUAGCAACCAUGAUCUACUACGGUUUGUGGAGCAUAUUCUUAUCUAUGGGGUACUUUCAACAAACUACAGUAUGCGAACUUGAUAAUAAUGGAGUCUUGUUAAGGUUAGACAGCUAUCCGACGUAA